AGUUUGUAAACGCACGUGGUCAAUUUUUGUCUUGGACACACGUGUUUUGAUUAAUUUCAAUAAAUAAUUUAUCACUAUAAUAUUCCUCCUACAGUUUAAUAUUUUAGUUUAAUAAGAAAUAAGAGUGAACUUAAGUUAAAAGCAUCCAGUAAUGUUGAAAUCAAAGCUUUAAAUUUACUUUCAUAACAAGUUUACAUAAAAGAAAUAAAAUGGGUUUGACGAAACAAUAUUUACGCUAUAUUCCAGCAGGAAAUUUAAACAUUAUCGCCAGUCAAAAUUGUAAUAUUGUUUUUGUGACAUUAGAGGGACAGGAAGGUAGAUUUGUUGCUGCCGGUGCAAGUGAACAUGUCUUUAUUUGGGAUCUUCGACUUGGAGAAAAAGCUCAAGUGUUGUCGGGAGAAAAAUCAGAUGUCACGCAUUUGGCAGCGUCACCAAAUAAAAGACACAUUGCAGUCGGAUAUGCAGAUGGGACAAUAAAAACAUUUGAUUUACGCUCUGGAGAAAAUAUCAGUAUUCUAGUGGGACAUCGUUCGGAAAUAACAACAUUAGCUUAUGAUUCUUUGGGACAUCGAUUAGCAUCCGGUUCAAAAGACACAGAUAUUAUUUUAUGGGACGUUGUGGCAGAAACGGGAAUAUGCCGAUUGGUAGGACACAAAGGAAUUAUUACUGCCCUGUCGUUUAUGAACCAUCACAAUAUUCUCAUAAGUUCAAGUAAAGACACUUUCGUGAAAUUUUGGGAUCUUGACACGGAACACAAUUUCCGAACACUUGUCGGUCACGGUUCAGAGGUGUGGGGCUUCGUCUUGGUGAAAGAUGGUAAAUAUUUAAUAACCGGCUGCAGUGACAAUGAAUUACGUGUUUGGAAAAUAUAUUUUGUCGAUCCCUCCGAACUCGAAAUUUCCAAUACAUUGAAGAAUUUAAUGAUAACUGACGAUAAAGAUACAACUGACACGAAUUAUCCAUUACGAUGUGAAAAAAUUGGAAGCAUCACUAGAGCCGGUAGAGGAAGACUCGUUUCGAUUCGAACGGAUUUGACAGAAAGGGUAAUUACUUGUCAUGGCACUGACAAUACUGUUGAACUUUUUUACAUUCUGUCGGAAGAGGAAGCAAAAGAGAAAUUGGGAAAAAGAGUGAAAAAGGCGAGGAAGAAAGCUGUCGCAGAAGGACUGUCAGAGAUUGUCUCCACAGAGCUCAGUAUAAAAGACGAAUUAAAAAGACUUCCCACAAUUGAAAUAAAAGUCGCGAAUAAUAUGAGGCAAACUAAUAAAGUAAAGAGUGUCGAUUUAGUAAUGGGAAGAAGUGACGAAUUAAGAGUUUGCGUUGCAGGAAAUUUCAACAGCAUCGAACUUUAUUCGACCGAAAUAAUAACAAAAAAGGAGGGCGAAAUAAAUUUCCUCCGUUCUCUAACUAGUCACGGACAUCGAACAGACGUGCGGGCAAUUUGCUUCAGUUCUGAUAAUUUAGCACUGGCAACUGCAAGCAGCGAUUCCAUUAAAUUAUGGAACAGACCAACAUUAGCGUGUUUACGAACAGUGACAUGUGGCUAUGCGCUAACAAUGACAUUUGUCCCCGGAGAUAGACAUUUAAUUGUUGGAAUGAAAGAUGGAAAAAUGCUCAUUGUUGACAUUGCUUCGGGCGAAAUUUUAGAAGAAAUUCCCGCUCACUCGAAAGAACUCUGGAGUGUUACUUUAUUUCCCGAUAUGAAAGGAGUUGCCAGUGGUGGAGGAGAUCAAACAGUGAAAUUUUGGCAAUUUGAACUAAUCAACGAUCCUGAUAGUGAGUCGAAAGCAAAAAUUCUCUCAGUUGUACAUUUACGAACACUAAAACUAGAAGAAAGCGUUUUGUGCGUGAGAAUCAGUCCCAACAAUAAAUUUGUUGCUGUCGCACUUCUCGAUUCGACAGUCAAGAUAUUUUUCCUCGACACAUUCAAGUUUUGGAUUUCUCUUUACGGACACAAACUCCCAGUGCUUUGUAUGGACAUUUCGAGCGAUUCAACUCUAAUUGCAACUGGUUCGGCUGAUCGUAAUAUAAAAAUUUGGGGCAUGGAUCACGGCGAUUGUCACAAGUCAAUAUUCGCUCACGACGAUUCCGUCACCGGUUUGGCAUUCGUGCCCAAGACUCAUUAUUUCUUCACGUGCGGCAAAGACGGAAAACUCAAGGAAUGGGACGCAGACAGUUUCCAAAAAAUUAUAACCUUCCAGGGACAUUCGGGCGAAGCUUGGAAUUGUACAGUUUCUCCAAAUGGAGUUUUCGCCGCUUCCUGCGGAUCAGACAAAGUCGUGAGAAUUUAUGAAAGAUCGCAAGAAACUCUUGUUCUGGAAGACGAGGCCGAGGAAGAGAGAGAACGACAGGAAAAUGAAUUGGCCACGGGGGAAAAUACUGUUGUUCCGGGACAGAAAGCACAAAUUUUGCCCUCAAGAAAAACCGUUUCUAGCGAGAAAGGAGCAGAUUUACUACUGGAAUGCAUAGAACUAUCAAAAGAAUACGAAGAUCAACUUUUAGCAGUUGAACCUCCAAAUCCUCCACCUCCUUUACCUUUGCAAAUGCAAAUGUAUCAGUGCGAAACAGUGGAAGACUAUCUUUUAGAAACAGUAAAAAGAAUUCGUGCCAGCGAUUUAGAGGAAGCUUUGUAUGUUUUACCAUUUUCGGUAGCAUGUGAUAUACUAAAAAUGUUGCCAAAAUUACUAAAAAGAAAAUAUCAAGCGGAAAUAGUGUCAAAAUUAGCCAUCACUUUAAUUCGUACACAUCACAAUCCAAUUGUGGCAAGUGCCAAUCUUUUGGCAAUCGUCGAGGAAAUUAAGACACUUUCAAUUCAACAAAUCACCUCCCUUCGAGAUACGACUGCAUUUAAUUUUUAUGGAAUGCUCCACACACGUCACUCGAUUGAGGAAAAAGAGGGAAUUCAAUUAUUUACCGAUGCAACUCAUAAACGAAAGGAGAAGCAAAAAAUAAGAAGAAAUAAAGAACGAGCACAAAAACGGGCUCUUAUGACUUUGUAAAAAUUUAUGUUUUAAACUAAUGUAAAUAUGUUUUUAAAUUUAAAACAAUUUAUUAAGUUUAUUUUCUAUCGUUAAUUUCAGUUUUUUUAUGUAACGUUCUUAUUUUCUAAGACAGCUUUUGAUAAUUUUUUGAACAAAU